AUGUCGGCUCCUCCAAUUACUGCGCGCUAUGACUGGAUCCUAGCGAUUACAUCGAUUGCAUUCAUCUUCUCAGCCUUUGGUAAUGGCGCCAACGAUGUCGCCAAUUCGUAUGCGACGUCGGUCGCCGCUCGAACCUUGACCAUGCCACAAGUUGGUGGGCUGGCAAUAGUCACCGAGUUUGUUGGAGCAGUGGCUUUAGGUGCCCGUGUAACGGAUACGAUUAAGAACGGAAUCAUCAACAUUGACCGUUUCACAGCAGCUACAAACCCGGGAACCUUGAUGCUGGCAAUGGGCUGUGCUGAAGUUGGGUCUGCCAUCUGGCUGAUGAUCGCAACUCACCUUGGAAUGCCCGUCUCAACUACUCAAACAAUUGUGGGUGCCCUCGUCGGUGUCGGUUUCGCAACACAGGCUGGCAUUACCUGGGGCUGGGAGUCUGGUUCAGUAUCGCAAGUGGCUGCCAGUUGGGUCAUCGCGCCUCUCAUCGCCUGUGCCUUCAGUGCCAUCAUCUUUGGAACUGUCAAAUACGCCGUCCUCGAACGCACAGACUCUUUCAAAUGGGGAAUGCGACUGAUCCCCUUGUACUUCGCCUUCACCUGCGCUAUCUUGGCCCUUUUCAUCGUCGUAGAGGCACCAACGGCACCCUCCCUGGAAGAAUUUGGAGCUGGCAAAGCUGCUGGCAUCAUUCUCGGUGUCUUCUUCGGUGUACUGCUCAUCUCAUACGUCUUCUUCAUCCCCUUUCUCAAGCGCAAGUUGAUCCAGAAAGAUGCCCGUCUUCGCAUCUGGCAUGUUCCCCUCGGACCCUUACUCAUGAGAGAGAACCCGCCCCUCUACUGGGCCGGAAGUAAAGACGGUGAAUAUGUCACAAACUACUACGAGGACGCAUACGGCGAGGUUCGCGCUCAGGGCCAGGAGCUGCGUCAACGCAAAAAUGCAGCUGGAGGCGACGAGGAAUCGACGAUAAUGACCGCGCAAGGUAGUGCCAAAGGGGACCUUCCAGAAGAAAAGCUGCGUGGUAGCAACGAGCAGUCCGCGGUCCCUGAGCGUAGGCGUAAGAUAAAGCCCGAGCCAUACGAAAGAUUUAUCGGGCCUGUGAAAGAGCUUCCCUGGGUCCAUCCCUUGAAAUACUGGGGAUAUUUCAAAUAUGGUUUUCUCCAGGGUGUGACUCGCGAUGUUAUUACACACGAUAGUGAUAAACUGCGAGACAUCCAUUCGCGCGCCAGCAGAUAUGAUGACCGUGUCGAACACAUGUGGACAUACUGUCAAGUCAUCUCGGCCAUGAUGAUGUCGAUUGCGCACGGAUCCAAUGACGUCGCCAAUGCAGUCGGCCCUUGGUCUGCUGUGUACCAAACCUACCUCGAGGGCCGUGUUGCAACCGAAUCGCCUACCCCCGUCUGGAUGCUGGUCGUUGCUGGGUUGUUGCUUGGUAUCGGUUUCUGGGUUUACGGAUACCACAUCAUGCGUGCGAUGGGUAACAAAAUCACGCAGAUGAGCCCUACUCGUGGAUUCGCCACUGAGCUGGGAGCUGCUAUCACGGUCUUGCUUGCGUCACGUCUUGGUCUUCCCGUGUCUACCACUCAGUGUCUGACGGGAUCUUUGGUUGGAACAGCGCUGAUGAACUACGACGUAAAGGCAGUCAACUGGAGACAGUUGGCCUAUAUCUUCAUGGGUUGGGUGUUGACUCUACCCGUGGCUGGUCUUAUUGCCGGAGUCAUUUGCGUCAUGGCACUCAACACACCGCACUUCUAA